CUAGGGGCAGAGACAUCAGUUGGAGCUCAAUUGCUGAUCUGAUCACAUCAGACGGACUUGCUGAAAAAGAGAAGCUGAGAUUUCAAGACGAGCAUUUACCGGUUUUACCCUGCGCUUCUUGAGAGAGAAACUCUUUCGCUUCUUCUUUUGGUGGGCUAUUCGCUUUUUUUGGCUUGAUUUGGCUUCCGACGUGGCGAAGGAGAUGUCUUUCCCCCAGCUGGGUUACCCGCAGUAUUUAAGUGCCUCCCAGGCGGUGUAUGGAGGUGACCGUCCGGGAGUGCUGACUCCUUCAUCCCGAGGAGGGAGCGCUGAGAUCGGGGGAAGCGCGUCCGCGGCGGCCGCUGCGGUGUCGUCGGUGUUGGGCAUGUAUCCGUACGCACACAACUACAGCGCCUUUCUGCCUUACACCAGCGCCGAUCUGGCACUUUUCUCUCAAAUGGGCUCUCAGUAUGAGUUAAAAGACAGCCCUGGUGUUCAUCCUGCCAGCUUUGCUGCCCACACUGGCCCUGCCUUCUACCCCUACGGGCAGUUUCAGUAUGGAGACCCUGCCAGGCCUAAGAACGCCACACGGGAGAGUACCAGCACUCUGAAGGCCUGGCUCAACGAGCACAGGAAAAACCCCUAUCCCACCAAAGGCGAGAAGAUCAUGCUGGCCAUCAUUACCAAGAUGACCCUCACCCAAGUGUCAACAUGGUUCGCCAACGCCAGAAGGAGACUCAAGAAAGAGAACAAGGUGACAUGGGGUGCCAGAAGCAAAGAGGAUGAAGAUGGCAACAUAUUUGGUAGUGAUAACGAGGGGGACACCGAGAAAAACGAGGAUGAGGAGGAAAUAGAUUUGGAGAGCAUAGAUAUUGACAAGAUCGACUACAACGACGGAGAUCAAAGCAAUGAGGAGGAUGAGGAGAAGCGCGCGGAGCUCGAGAGCCUGCAGGAGAAACGGCACACGCUUGCGCUCCAGGCUCAUGAGGCCUAUGAAAAAUCCAAAGCAAACGCCAUUUCCGUCAGCAAAGAGCCGUCUGACGGAAACAACAAUAACACGAGGGUACUGUCCCCCAGUCGACAGGGAAGUUUUCAAGUUCCUGUUAGCAAUAAGCCCAAAAUAUGGUCCCUAGCGGAAACCGCAACUAGUCCCGAUAGCUCGCUGAAACCUACGUCACCCUCAGUUCCCGCCACUCAUGCGGGUGCUCACCCGGCCUUCCUGCCCAGCCACGGACUGUACACGUGCCAGAUUGGAAAGUUCCACAACUGGACAAAUGGCGCGUUCCUGGGCCAGAACUCCCUGCUGAAUGUCCGAUCUUUCCUCGGCGUCAAUCAGCAUCACCAUAAUCAUCAUGUUCACGCGCAGCAGCAGCAACAGCAGCCCACGUCGGUGGUGGUGUCAUCUAUGGCAGCCGUGAACAGUGAUAAGGCGCCAGAGGACCUCAGUCCAAAACACAUAGAUCGGGAAAAUGUUCUCAGAAGUGAGUCACCGACGCAACCUUUAAAGUCAUCGUUUCGUCCUCUUCAUGACAGCCCAAGAAACCAGCAGGAAUCAACACAGAGGGUCCUAACUGCUCUCUCUUCCGCUUGAUCAAGACAUUUGCCCUGGAAAAAAAAGACUGAUGGCACUCAUAAUGGGACAAUGAAAACUAAAUCAAUUCAGCAUAGCAUUCAGUUACUCUAAAACAAAUGGCCGAGUUUGAUUAGCACCCGGUGGAGUUGUACAUAAUGACACCUGUGAUCCCUUCCUUACCGUGGGACAUUUGGUAGGCUUAUUUUGUCUUUAUGUGUUGGUGUUUUCCUUUAAGGUGACCCACAUUUGUAAAUAGUGAGUUGAAGGAGUUUGUUCAGAUCAUAUAUUUUGUCUAAUAAACUAAAUGAAAUUAUAGACAAAUUCAAAGUACGCUUUUUUGUGGUUUCUGAAUGGGUUAAGAUAUUAGUGAAGUUACCACAUUUAUUUAUUUUUUCAACUGUUUCUCUUUAUUUAGUUUUAUAGUUGUGUCGUCUUUUUCUGUAAGUGUAUAUUAUUAUAAUUAUAAUUAUUUUAUUAUUAUUAUUAUUAUUACCUCUGAAUAAUCUCUGGUAGUAAUAGGCUACUGAAUGCUUUUUAAAGUGAAAAAUAGAAAUUGCUGGUUGUUUAGUUUGCACAGGGCACAAAAUAGAUCUUAAAAUAUUUUGCGGGAGUGUUCAAAUUCAAUUGUUAAAUGGAGCUGGCUGGAAAUGCAUUGAGGUGCUAAUAAGAGACCAGAUGGCUGCUGGCGGCAGAAAAUGGACCGAAGCAGCUGGGAAUAUCAUUAAGUAAUAAUGUGGGAACGCCCUGUGCAAACAAAAUCAAAUGGUUAAAAUCUAAUCUGUCAGAGAAAGAAAAAAAAAAAAAAAAAAAAAAAAAAAACUCGAUACGAUAAUGAAUUAUUAAUUUGUUCAGGAGAGUGACAUUCAGUUCAGAGGGAGUCUGGAGUGAGGCCUCUGAGCGUCUUGAACACGACACUCCAAAGCGCAGACUUCUUAUAAUAAUAUUUAGCUUAAUAAUUUCACUUUUGUGGCACAAUACUGCGGUUUCAAACAGCAUGACAAAUUAAUUAUAAAAUAAGAGGCUUCACAGGGUGUUUUCCAAUGUUUCUGGGAGUGUAAUUCAUUAAUUUUCCAACAAAAUUUUCACGUAUAACCACUGUUAAAAACUCAUCAAUGAACAUAGAAACAGAAAAAAAAAACAAAAAAAAACAAAAAAAAAAAAUACAAAAUAAAAAUCUAAAAUUAAGAUCUAAGUCUGGCGAUUAAAGCAACUAUAUACAAAGGUUAUUCAAAUAUAUUCAUCAAGAGUUUUUUGACUGUCACAUGUUAAAUGAUUUUAUAUGACACUGUAUGCUAUUUAGAUUUGGAUAUUAUUUUUCCAUUAAACACAUUAUACAGAGAACCAAGAUGCAGAAUUUCAAAUAAAUUAAAGCUUACAGCGACCUCUAUAGAUUCAUUGAGUCAUUACAGCUGUUUUGCACAAAACAGAUCCAGGAACUUAACUGUGACUUUCAGUCGUCCACUAAAAUAAAUACAAUAGCAAUACCAAUAACUCUAAAUAAUAUUCGUAAGAUUGAUUUGAAAUUUUGUUGUUGUUGUUGUUGUUGUUGUUGUUGUUGUUGUUUUGUUUUUAGCCUACAUACAACUUUUGCUACUUACAUUUUGUGUUGUACAUGAGCCUUUAAUGCUUUUCAUGUGUUUGUUUAAUAUUUGAUAUAGCCUAUUUGUAACAGUAAAACUAUUACUGCUUAGGUGAUUGUGCUAGACCUAUGCCAGUAAUAAUUAUUAUUAAAAACAAUAACGAAAAAGGCCAAAAAAAAAAAAAAAAAGAGAGAGAGAAAGAAAAAGAUCCCAUAUGCGCUUAUGUUUAAAGUUCAUUAUCAGCACUAUUUAGCAGUGUCUAAAUUAACAACGGUGACUUUUUAUGUUUAUUUAUUUAUUUAUUUUAUUAUUAUUUUUUCCCCCCAAACCUCUCUAAUGACGUCGCCUUUUCCCGACUUUUUAGGAAAAAGAAUCCUGUUCGGCAUGUCACAUACCCUAUUUAAAGUCUUAACCAUGAUCUUGCUUAAAUGAUUACUGAAUAGGCCUGAUAAUAAUAAUAAUAAUAAUAAUAAUAAUAAUAAUAAUAAUAAUAAUAAUUAGAAGAAGAAGAAAUAGAAGAAAUAAUAAUAAUAGCUAUAAAGACGUAUUAAAUCAGGGCAGGUGUGCAAAUUACAGUUCUCUCCCCGUUAUUUUGUCUUCAUCUCUUUUCAUGUGCAUGUUGUGGUUGAAAUUA